AUGACGCAAUCUUCCAACGCUAGAGGAACCGAUACCUCGACAGGAAAACCGAAGAAAGGCGAGUAUUUGGAGCUAAACUUUAAAGUAAUAGUUGGAGAUGGAGCAUGCGGCAAGACGUGUCUUCUUAUUGUGUUUAGCAAGGACCAGUUCCCUGAGGUGUAUGUGCCAACAGUGUUUGAAAACUACGUGGCAGAUAUUGAAGUGGAUGGAAAACAGGUAGAGCUGGCUCUUUGGGACACAGCAGGUCAAGAAGACUAUGAUCGCCUGCGACCUCUCUCUUAUCCAGACACGGAUGUCAUCCUCAUGUGCUUCUCUGUUGAUAGUCCUGAUAGUUUAGAGAACAUCCCUGAGAAGUGGACACCUGAGGUCAAGCACUUUUGUCCCAAUGUUCCCAUUAUUCUGGUGGGAAACAAAAAAGAUCUGCGCAAUGAUGAGCUCACUCGUCGAGAGUUGGCAAAGAUGAAACAGGAACCUGUGAAGUCAGAGGAAGGCAGGGAAAUGGCAAACCGAAUCUGUGCCUUUGGCUACCUGGAGUGCUCAGCGAAGACCAAGGACGGCGUGAGGGAGGUUUUUGAAAUGGCCACCAGGGCAGCACUUCAGGCCAAGAGACGAGGCAAAAAGAGCAUAUGCCUUCUUCUAUAA